AUGUCUUCAGACCCGUUCCUCGAGGCUCAAGCCGACAUCCUUGCCCUCCUACAACAGUCCAGACCACUGCUCGCAUCUUACCUUCGGAUCCGCUCAUCUGCCUCCUCUGCCAACUCUCCAGAGCUUGUUGAAGCGCGGAACGACCUUGAGUCAACACUCACAGAUCUUAGUACCAACCUACAGGACCUUGUGGAGAGCGUUAAGGCUGUUGAAGGUGAUCCAACCCGAUAUGGUCUCACACGCGAGGAAGUCGCAAGGCGACGCGAGCUCGUCGAUGAUGUCGCUCGCGAAGUCGAAGACAUGCACACGCAACUAAAUCAGACGGUCCAGCAUGCCGACGCGCAAAGGCAGGCUGUACUGGCGCACCCAGAUAGCUUUCACCACGACAUGGACGAAGACCCAUUGGCAGGUGAUCCCAGGCGCGAGGACGAUUAUGGCGCAUGGGAGGAGCAGAGGCAGAUGGAGAUCAUGCACGAGCAAGAUCAAGCACUGGAUGGUGUGUUUCAAACUGUCGGCAACCUAAGGAUGCAAGCGGACACGAUGGGAAGAGAGCUCGAGGAGCAGGCCGAGCUGCUCGACGAUACGGACAAUCUGGUCGAUCGUGUGGGAGGAAAGCUGCAGCAAGGACUUAAGCGGAUAGGGCAUGUUAUUGAAAGGAAUGAGGAUCGAUGGUCGAGCUGCUGUAUCGGCUUGUUAAUCACCGUCCUCAUCAUCCUACUCAUCUUGGUGAUCGUUCUGUGA